CCCCGAAAACUCUCCAGUCUCCACUAUUCCCUCUCCUCCUCCAGUUUACACACACUACUGUCUAUGCUCUUCCCCCUUUAAAUUUCCCUUUCUCCUCCUUUCCGUCUACACUUUGUUAUUUUGUUUGGUUUUGCUCAAAAUGACGGACAUAACAGACGAUAUAGCUGAGGAAAUCUCCUUCCAAGGAUUUGAUGAUUACUGUAAACUGCUUAAAAAUUUAUUAAACGAUGUGUUGCAGAGAGAAGUUGGUACUGAAUUCGUCGACAAACUUGAACGCAACCUCACUCUCGCUCAGAGUGCUUGUAAUUUGAGAUUGGCGGGAAUAGAAGACACUGCCGAGUUGCUGGAGAAGCAGCUCGCGUCAGAGAUAUCAAAAAUGACAUUAGAGGAAGCAUUGACACUUGCUCGUGCUUUUAGCCAUUAUCUUAAUUUGAUGGGAAUUGCUGAGACCCAUCACAGGGCACGUAAGACAAGGAAUUUGGCGAAUCUAUCAAAAUCUUGUGAUGAAGUCUUUAAUCAGCUGUUGCACGGUGGAAAAUCGGGUGAUGAACUUUAUGCCUCUGUUUGCAUGCAGGAGGUUGAAAUUGUUCUUACUGCACAUCCCACUCAAAUUAAUCGCCGUACUUUGCAAUACAAGCAUGUUAGAAUUGCUCAUCUUUUAGAAUACAACGAUCGACCUGAUCUUACACAGGAAGAUAGAGAAAUCCUUAUUGAAGAUUUGGUAAGAGAAAUUACUUCAAUAUGGCAGACAGAUGAGCUUAGGCGCCACAAACCUACACCAGUAGAUGAAGCCAGGGCUGGCUUGCACAUUGUGGAGCAGUCUCUAUGGAAAGCAGUACCUCAUUUUUUACGACGUGUCAGUAAUGCACUAAAGAAGCAUACAGGAAAGCCACUUCCAUUAACUUGCACGCCAAUAAAAUUUGGGUCUUGGAUGGGGGGUGAUAGAGAUGGAAAUCCAAAUGUAACAGCGAAGGUAACACGAGAUGUCUCUCUCUUAUCAAGGUGGAUGGCUAUUGACCUUUACAUUAGAGAAGUUGAUAGUCUCAGAUUUGAACUGUCCAUGACUCGCUGCAGUGAUAAGUUGUCAAGAGAGGCUCAUGAAAUUCUAGAGCGAGAGAAGCAGCUGCCUAAGAUAACUAAAAGGGCCUGCCCUGAUAACUUGACUGAAACUUCACCAGAGGAUCGGCAUGAGAGUUGGAAUCAACCCACAAGCAGAAAUCAAACAAAGCUUCAUCAGCAUGCUCCACCACUUCCCACACAACUUCCAGCUAGAGCUGAUCUUCCUGCCUGCACUGAAUGCGGUGAUGACGGUGGUUCACAUCCCAAACUAGAACUUCCAGGGACUGAUUACAUGCCAUUGAGUCGUCAGGAUGUUCAGGGUUCUUCAAAUUCAGAAUCUUCAUUCCACAAGUCUGGUCAUGGUUCUAGCAAAUCAAUUGCUAAUGGAAGCAUUGCUAAUUCUAACGGCCAUCAAUCAGCUCCAAGUCCACGUGGAUCUUUCACCUCCAGUCAACUCCUUGCUCAGAGAAAAUGUUUUGCAGAAUCUAAGAUAGGAAGAUCCAGCUUCCAGAAGCUUCUAGAGCCAAGUCCACCUGAACGUCCUGGAAUCGCUCCUUAUAGAAUUGUUCUUGGCCAUGUGAAAGAUAAGCUUAUGAAGGCUAGAAGACGUCUGGAACUUCUUCUUGAGGAUCUUCCCUGUGAACAUGAGCCUUGGGAUUACUAUGAGACAACAGACCAAUUGUUGGAACCACUGCUUCUAUGCUACGAGUCUCUGCAAUCUUGUGGAGCUGGGGUGCUUGCAGAUGGCCGGCUGGUUGACCUGAUAAGAAGAGUUGCGACUUUUGGAAUGGUAUUAAUGAAGCUUGACUUGCGUCAGGAAUCUGGUAGACAUUCUGAAGCACUAGAUGCAAUCACCAAAUAUUUGGAUAUGGGAACAUAUAGUGAGUGGGAUGAAGAAAAGAAACUGGAAUUCCUAACAAGAGAGCUCAAAAGCAAGAGGCCACUAGUUCCUCCCACCAUUCAGGUUGCUCCUGAUGUUAAAGAAGUCUUGGAUACAUUCCGUGUUGCUGCUGAGCUAGGGAGUGAUUCACUUGGAGCAUAUGUGAUCUCUAUGGCAUCCAAUGCGAGCGAUGUCCUUGCUGUGGAGCUUUUACAAAAAGAUGCCCGUCUUGCUGUUAGUGGCGAGCUAGGGAGACCAUGUCCUAGAGGAACGCUGCGGGUGGUUCCAUUGUUUGAAACUGUGAAAGAUCUUAGAGGGGCUGGUUCGGUUAUCAGGAAAUUAUUAUCAAUUGAUUGGUACUCAGAGCACAUUGUAAAGAACCAUAACGGGCAUCAGGAGGUGAUGGUUGGAUAUUCUGAUUCUGGUAAAGAUGCUGGGCGGUUCACUGCUGCAUGGGAACUUUACAAAGCCCAAGAGGAUGUUGCGGCAGCUUGCAAAGAUCAUAAAGUUAAAGUAACUCUAUUCCAUGGGCGAGGAGGGAGUAUCGGUCGUGGUGGUGGACCGACAUAUCUUGCCAUUCAAUCCCAACCACCAGGUUCAGUGAUGGGUACUCUUAGGUCAACUGAGCAAGGAGAAAUGGUGCAAGCCAAGUUCGGGCUGCCACACACAGCUGUUAGACAGUUAGAGAUAUACACAACUGCAGUUCUGCUUGCAACAUUAAAACCCCCAGAGCUACCUCGAGAAGAAAAAUGGCGUAAUCUCAUGGAUGAGAUUUCAACAAUCAGCUGCCAAAGUUACCGGAGCACAGUAUAUGAAAACCCGGAAUUUCUUGCCUACUUUCACGAGGCUACUCCACAAGCUGAGCUUGGUUUCCUUAACAUAGGAAGCCGGCCCACAAGAAGAAAGAGCUCAACAGGAAUCGGACAUCUUCGUGCCAUUCCAUGGGUAUUUGCGUGGACCCAAACAAGAUUUGUUCUUCCAGCCUGGCUAGGAGUUGGGGCAGGUUUGAAGGGUGUUUGUGAGAAGGGACACACUCAAGAGUUGAAAGCAAUGUACAAAGAAUGGCCUUUCUUCCAAUCUACCAUAGACCUGAUAGAGAUGAUUCUGGGGAAGGCAGACAUUCAUAUAGCGAAGCACUAUGAUGAAGUGCUCGUAUCUGAUAAGAAGAGGAGAGAACUUGGUGCUGAAUUAAGAAGGGAGCUCUUAACAACUGAGAAGUGUGUAUUGGUGGUUAGUGGGCAUGAGAAGUUGUCGGAAAACAACCGGAGCUUGAGGCGGCUUAUCGAGAGCAGGCUACCGUAUCUUAAUCCUAUGAAUUUGUUACAGGUUGAGAUUCUAAAGAGGUUGAGAAGUGAUGAUGACAACCACAAACUCAGAGAUGCUCUGCUUAUUACUAUAAAUGGUAUUGCUGCUGGGAUGAGGAACACAGGUUGAGCAAAACCGAGUGUGCAUCCAGUUGAAUUAAACCAUGGCUUUUUUGUACGUUUCCUUUUCCUGUUCUCUCCUUUUGAAGGGCUAUCAUUUUGAAAUAUUUAUGCAGAUAAUAAUACACUAAAGUGGAUUUUAUUUCUUUAAAAGCAAAUCACUUAUUCUCCUCGA